CCUAAGUUAUUAAAGAUGGCGGCGGAGCGGAGUCGCUUCCCGAUGGACUCGCCGGUCCCUGCCUCUAUGUUCGCCCCCGAGCCCAGCUCUCCGGGGGCGGCAAGGGCCGCGGCGGCUGCCGCCCGGCUCCACGGCGGCUUCGACUCGGACUGCAGCGAGGACGGCGAGGCGCUCAACGGCGAACCGGAGCUGGACCUCACCAGCAAGCUGGUUCUAGUGAGCCCUACAUCAGAGCAGUAUGACAGCCUACUUCGGCAAAUGUGGGAGAGGAUGGACGAGGGAUGCGGAGAGACCAUAUAUGUCAUUGGGCAGGGAUCAGAUGGGACUGAGUACGGGCUGAGUGAAGCUGACAUGGAGGCCUCCUAUGCCACGGUGAAGAGCAUGGCAGAACAAAUAGAGGCCGAUGUCAUCCUCCUCCGGGAACGUCAAGAAGCUGGGGGCCGUGUGCGUGAUUACCUGGUCCGGAAACGAGUAGGAGACAAUGACUUCCUGGAAGUCAGGGUAGCGGUAGUAGGCAACGUGGAUGCCGGCAAAAGCACGCUUCUGGGGGUCCUGACCCACGGGGAGCUGGACAAUGGCCGAGGCUUCGCCCGCCAGAAACUCUUCCGCCACAAACACGAGAUUGAAUCUGGUCGCACCAGCAGUGUGGGCAACGACAUUCUGGGCUUUGACAGUGAAGGCAAUGUGGUAAACAAGCCAGACAGCCAUGGUGGCAGCCUGGAGUGGACAAGGAUCUGUGAGAAAUCCACUAAGGUGAUUACGUUCAUCGACUUGGCCGGCCAUGAGAAGUACCUGAAGACCACGGUCUUCGGCAUGACCGGCCAUUUACCCGACUUCUGCAUGCUCAUGGUGGGCAGCAAUGCUGGCAUCGUGGGGAUGACAAAGGAGCACCUGGGCUUGGCAUUGGCACUCAAUGUGCCUGUCUUUGUGGUGGUCACCAAGAUUGACAUGUGUCCUGCCAACAUCCUGCAAGAAACCUUGAAGCUGUUACAGCGCCUGCUGAAGUCACCCGGCUGCCGCAAGAUCCCUGUGUUGGUGCAGAGCAAGGAUGAUGUGAUUGUUACAGCCUCCAACUUCAGCUCUGAGAGGAUGUGCCCGAUAUUCCAAAUCUCCAACGUUACAGGCGAGAACCUAGAUCUGCUGAAGAUGUUCCUCAACCUGCUCUCCCCUCGCACCAGUUACCGGGAGGAAGAGCCUGCUGAGUUUCAGAUUGACGACACCUACUCUGUCCCGGGUGUGGGAACAGUGGUGUCGGGGACAACACUGAGGGGCCUGAUCAAGCUGAAUGACACGCUGCUGCUGGGCCCAGAUCCUUUGGGUAACUUCCUGUCCAUUGCUGUCAAAUCGAUCCAUCGCAAGCGCAUGCCUGUCAAGGAGGUGCGGGGGGGCCAGACGGCCUCCUUCGCACUGAAGAAGAUCAAGCGCUCGUCCAUCCGGAAGGGCAUGGUGAUGGUUUCUCCACGCUUGAAUCCCCAAGCAUCCUGGGAGUUCGAGGCCGAGAUCCUUGUCCUUCACCACCCCACCACAAUCAGCCCGCGGUACCAGGCCAUGGUGCACUGUGGGAGCAUCAGGCAGACAGCCACCAUCCUGAGCAUGGACAAGGACUGUCUGCGCACCGGGGACAAGGCCACCGUGCAUUUCCGCUUUAUCAAGACCCCCGAGUACCUGCACAUAGACCAGCGGCUGGUGUUCCGGGAAGGCCGCACCAAGGCUGUAGGCACCAUCACUAAGCUCCUCCAGACCACCAACAAUUCCCCAAUGAACUCCAAGCCCCAGCAGAUUAAAAUGCAAUCGACGAAAAAGGGUCCCCUGCCCAAACGAGAAGAGGGAGGUCCCUCUGGAGGGCCAGCAGUAGGGGCACCCCCAACUGGAGAUGAAGCUUGCUCUCUAGCGGCUGCGCAGCCAGCUGCGUUCGGCAGUCUCCAGCCACAGCCCAAGCCCGGCAGCGGGGGCCGGCGACGGGGGGGCCAGCGUCACAAGGUGAAGUCCCAGGGGGCCUGCCUGACUCCCGCCAGCGGCUGCUGAAUCUCCCCCAGCCCACCUCCACCACCCAAGGCAUCCUCGUUCUCUGGCCACCACUCCGCCAGAUGGGCCAGAGCAACUCUGACCACCGCUCGCCCUCCCCCAGGCCGCACCCGGAGCCUCGUCAUUCCCCCCACCCCCGUUUUCCAGGGGGUUGUAAUUUAUAAGCUGAGGAAGGUGGCCAGACUUCUGGAGGACUGACCAUCUCCAACUCUCUUCCCCACCUUCUUCCUCACUCACACCUUUUUUGUACAUCUGGGCCCUUAGUUUUUAUUCUUUUUAUUAUCUAUCUAUCUAGUGUGCGUGUGCGUGUGUGUGGGCGUGUGAGGUGCAGGAGUACGGCCGGUCAGGGCCUGGCAGUCUUUCCCCUUUCUCCUCCGUGGCUGGCCACCAGCCUCCAGGAGCUAGUUGGCUGCCUGUCUGUCCGUGCGUUCGUGUGUCUCUGUGAGAACCUUUCAGGGCUGUCAGGAGCCGAAGCGCGCCCUCCUUCCCUGUGCUCACUCUCCAGUGCGCCUGGAGCCCCGCCACGGAGCCGCCUCCAGGCUGAGGGACGUCCAGAGCAGGGGGCCGUCCUUCUGCGACUUGGGGAUCUCAGCAGAGUGGAGAGCGGUGGUCCCCCUUUUCUCUUUCUCCCUCGUUUCCCUUAAACCCCCAAACAGGUAAUGCCAAAAGCUCUUAGGCUGUAACUGUAGACGUGUGGAGGGUGUUGGUGACUGAGUUGUAGGACCCUCCUUGCCCCUCUGACCUUGCCACUGACCUGAAGACAGCUGUGGCUCUUCUUUCCCCUUGGAGACAAUCCUUUGUUUGCCUGGCUGGCUGGGGUGGCUCCUCUUCUGCUGAGUCUGCCGAGCUGGGGCUCUCACCUUGCCCUGGGGCCGCCUCCUGCUUGGACUUUGACUCUGAUUCUUGUUGGGCCUCAGGGCACUGAUGAGUGGGCCUGGGGUCCGCCUGCUCAGGGUCACAGUCAACAGCACCUCCUGUUGGCGGGGGUGCCAGGUGUUCCUCUGAGCCAGGCCGGGACUGGAACCCCUCCUUCCCUGCCACAUCGCCCCAGCAUGGCUGCUACAGGAGCCCAGCAGUGAAGGGCCUGAGCCCCAGAUUUGGAAGCUCCAACUGGGGUACAGGGAGAGCAGGUAGGAGGUAGUAAAAAAGAUUCUUCCAGACCCAGCUCAGAGCAUUAAGCCCUUUGGAAGAAUCGUUGCCGGGGUGGGGGUGGUGUUGCCCAGGCCAGAGGUGGUAGCAUGGGCCCCAAACCAGCCUGCUCGGAGCUGUGGACUGAAGCCCUCUCUUUAGGGUGGACCGAUGGGCAGAGAUAUGUUCUUUCUCUAGCCUGGGACACCCAGCUGGCUGGGGUCCUUCCUCAGCCUCGCCUCCCUUCCAUCCCCAACCCUUCGCCGCCACUCCUGCUUCCGGACUGCUGCUCCCCUCCCCUCUCCUCCUGACUGUUUCUAGUUACCACUGACCUGUGGCCAUGGACCGACCAAACCAGCACACAAAAUAAAAGUUUGUUCCAAGUUGACGGUGUCCUGUUCCCUGCCCAGCCCCUCCAGGUGGAGGUGCGGCCACGGGGAACUCCGUUGCUCUGCCUGCCCUAGAGCCCCCGGCUGCAGGCCGGGCCGGGAGGGGCCCAGCUUCUCCUGUCAGGCAGGCAUGGCUUCAAAAUGCAGACUCCUCCGCCAGCUGUGACACAGGACAAGUUGCCAUCCUCUGAACCUCAGUUUCCUCAUCCACGGCAAGAGGUAAAUGCCUACGUCAGGUUGUUGCGAGGAUUCAGCGAGAGAAUGUGUGUGAGGCCCUGAUGUGCCCAGCACGUGGGCGGUACCCGGUGAAUAAUGGUCAUCACACUGCUUACCACCCACGCCGGCUCCCACGUCCAUGGCAGAGGCCGCAAGCUGGGCAACAGGCUCAAAAGGAGAAAUGUGCCGUGGACACGUCUCUGCUGUUCAGCUGGGGCUGUGCCAGGCAUUUCCCUCGCUUCAUGUUCUUUGAUGUUCGCGGCUAUGAGGGAGGUGGCGGUAGUUACGUUUUUCUGGUUAAGGACACUGGAGCUCAGGGGAACGGUGCCCCCAGCCCCCAGUCAUUCCAGUCACCCACUCCAGCGGUGUCCUUCAGCCUGUCCUAGUUCCAUUGUCUGCUGGCUGUUCCCCUCUUGAAUUUUGACUCUGGUUCUGCUUACAGGGGCCGUUGCCCAGAGGUGCCUUUGUAAUAGGAGUUCCAGCCUUGAGCAGCACCCUGUGCUCUCUGUCCCCACGGUGGGUGCUGUGGAAUUUGUGUUUCCACAGGACUUGGCCAUGGGGGACCUUGGAACAGGCAGAACCACGUUUUGUUGGAACUCUCCUGCCGCUGUGAGCAUAACCACUUCCUUUACAUUUUGCAGCUGUGGCCUCCACCCUGGCCUCUGCCUUCCAACACUCAGGUCAUUCUGAUCUCUGUGGUCACCAGGCCCACACCUGCUGGCCAGGGAGCUGACUGCAGCAUUUUAUCGUCGUUAGCUGGGACUACAACGGUCCCAUAUGGGUCUCAGCCCUACCAGCUAUCUAUUUGGAACAAAACACCAGCCCUUUUGUUGUUGAUGAAGAAUAAAGCUGUUAAUGCAGUCACCUCAA